CCAAAAGUAUCACUCGAAAUGGGAGAAAAAGAAGAAGGCGGCAAAAAUGUUACCGCAAUUCUCCAAAUAGCCAUGCAUUGUUCCUGUGAAGGUUGCUCCGAAAGAGUUCUCAAAUGCGUUCACGGUUUGCAUGACCUGAUUUUGUCGAUGAAGAUAGAGGCAAAUGGAACGACAUACAAGGUAACGGUGAUCGGAAAAUUUGAUCCGGUGAAACUCCGGCAGAAAAUCGAGAAGAAACUUAAGAAGAAAGUGACGCUUAUUUCACCUAAGCUGGGUAAAGAGGAAAAUGAGAUCGACCAGAAGCAUAUAUGCAAGGAGCCUUCAGUGACAACUGCAGUGUUUAAACUUCCUCUGAACUGCGACUCAUGCAACGAGCAGAUCUACAAAAUUAUCACUCUAACCGGAGGAUGCAGAAAUAUGAAAAUGGACUGGGAAAAGAAUUUGGUGACUGUAACGGGGACGAUAGAUGUGAAAUCCUUAGCGGAAUCACUGAGAUAUCACCUGAGGAAAGACGUUGAAAUUUUGACGGUGAAGGACAGCAGAAGUGGUGUUUACCUGCCAGAGUUUGAAUAUCUGUACCGGAUCUCAACUACGUGCAGGUCGGUGACUACUGGAGAUUUGUAUCACGUUGCGGAGGUGUUCAGUGAUGAGAAUCCAAAUGCUUGCACAAUUCUGUGA